CGAACUGUUGUGACUGAGGCGAGGUACGGUCAGAUUGCUGGGAUCACAACAGCAGGCUGAGGCUGGACCCCGAGUGAGCCGCUCCGUGCCCGCCCCUCUGUGAUGUCUUUAGGUUGUUGACACCCGGAGCGCGGACAUGGUUUCAUGAUUGCCUUUCAGCCAUGAGUAAAAGAAAUCAAGUGUCGUAUGUGAAGCCUGCGGAGCCUUCCUUCCUGAAAAAGUUUAAGAAGGAUGUUGGCUACAAAGAAGGGCCAACCGUGGACACCAAGCGAGAGAAUCUUCCAGUGAUGGACGACAGUGAUGGCAGUGAUAAGGAGGAUGAACUACCUCAGGUUGUGGUGCUUAAGGAGGGCCACCUGUCGGCAGAAGAGGUGAUGAACAUUAAACAGCAGCUCAAAAGUUCAAAAGAUGAGGAACCAGCCCCCGCAGAUGGAAAAAUUUUGUUCAAAAAGCCGACCAAGCGUUCCACUGGUGAGAAGUUUACAGGUAUAAAUGCAUCCUCCAGCAAGAAGCAGAAGAAUGAAGAAGUCAGGGAAUCGUCCUCGGCUAAAUCCAGUCAAAAGCAUGUGCGGAAUACCAGCUUACUUUCAUUUGAUGAUGAGGAGGAGGAGGAUGAAGAUUAGAUAAUAAAUGAAAGAUCACUGGAUUUUCACAUUUUAUUUAAGAACUGUUACUCUGUUAUGAAAAGAGUAUGUUCAAACAUUUACGUGAUGAGCUACCGUAUUUUUCGCUUUAUAAGAUGCAACCCCCCCACCCCCCAAAAGUGGCCGUGCAUCUUAUAAACCGAAUAGACAUAAUAGGCGAGCGUGGCGGUAUGACGUGAACAGGGGUGUGCUGCGGUCUCCACCCUAUCCGCCCACGUCUCCUGCUUGUCUGCGGGUCUGUGCCGCUUGCGAUGCCUGGACGGCGGCUUGGUUCUGUCUCUGCCCCCGGCUGCUGUGCCCUGUGUCUGCUCCUAGCCCCGCAACAUCUGCAGUUACAAUCCUCCCAGGUCUCGCUCCAGCCUCCCCGAGCCGGCUACAUACGCCCAAACCACAUCCUCCUCUUGCAGGCUUCUCUGUCUCCAUGGGAACCUCACAGGGCUAAAGUGUAGUGUUGGAUCUGAGGUUUACGAUCACACAAACGUGAUCCUACACCUCAAAUUAAGGGCCUAUAUAUUUCUUAUUAUUAUAGAUUUCCCAUCCCCAGUCAAUCUCUAUUUCAUCAUGGUCUCCUAUUUUAAUAUGACAUAUCAUAUGCAUAGUGAGUACUGCAAAUAAGCCAUUACUGCUACGGGCUGCUGCAUACACUUUAUAUGUGAUGGCUGGGCUGCUAUAACUGGGGCCCAAUGUAAUGGUGUCAGAUUCCCCCCCCCCAUAACAGAGUCAUCCACAGAUUCCCCCCCCCCCCCCCCCCCAAUAAGUGUCCUCCACAAAGCCCCCAUAACAGUGUGCCAUCCACAGACCUCCCAUUAGUUCAA